UAGUGCUGACAGCUCUUGUAUCUCUUAGAGCUUGAGAGUUAUCUACCCUGCUAUGGGAAAGUGGAUACAAGAGCUAUCCUACUGACACCGGCUGAAAAAAGUUUGUAGUCUAUUCAUUAGUUAACUUUGUCGUGCCGAUAUGCAAGGAUUUCUUCAUUGUCGCUGGAUUCUCUCCUUUCAGUGCAGUAGAAUACCGAUGGGCCUUUUGAGAAUCUGCCGAGUAUGGACAUGGGAUACUUCGCUGUUAACACACAUUCGCACCACUCGUGAGUACUCCUCUGCUGGCCUCUACACAGAAGAUUCAUUCUGUUUAUCGAAAAACCAGCACAGGUUUUGCCUCCAGCAAAAAAGAAUACUUCAUGGAUUGUCUACUCAAUCAGUAUUGCAAGUGGGGUCGAAAGCUGGGUGUUUGAGAUAUUUUGUUUCUUCAACUUCGUGUUUAACUUUUUGUGAGAAAAAGACGCUAAAGAGAUUCCAGGAUUAUCGAGGGAGGCAUUCACUGACAAGGACGGUUGAUUCUGGCAUAAGACCAGCACAGCAACUGAUCAGAACAAAGUCAGGAAAGUCUGUACACAAUGACAACGAGGAUGAUGAAGAGCUUGCAGAUGAUGACUAUGAUGCUCCAACAACCUUCAGAAAAAUUACCAUCCAUGUGAAGUCUUUGCGUGCUGAUUCAGUUGUCAGCUCAGCUCUGGAUGUAUCUAGAAACAAAGUAGAUGAGUUAUUCUACUCAAGCCGUCUAAGGCUGAAUGGACAAACCUUAUUAAAAAAGAGCAAACAGAUAGAUGAAGGGGACUUUGUAGAUUUGGUCUUGGAGCGGUCAACACAGAAUGAGGGUGAGAUAAUGGUGAAACGAGUGAAGGUCAUUGGUGUUUCAGAAGAAAGGACAAAUAAAGACAAAGUGGCUGUCACUGUCAAAGUAUGGAAAGGAGCAUUUCCUAUCAAAGAUGAAACUAAGACCCAGUGGUAAUAAAAGACUUACAAUUUUUGUAGACAAGCAUUUGUAAAGCUAUAUUAGAAUAUCACAGCAUGAUUUCUGAAAUAACACUUUGUUGUCUUGCAGUCAGACAUAUAAAUAUUCUCAGUCUAACUUGAGUGUCACAACCUGCAAACUCAAAGAUAAAACUAUAUCAUUACUCAUGAUUUUGUCAAUUAAAAAAAUAUGUAAAAUA